AUGCAGAAAUCUCUCAGAAGUGAAAAUGGCCACCUGGACCUGUUUGUCCGCUUCCUUCAUGGCCUCUCUCUGGAGUCCAACCAGAGUCUCUUAGGAGGCCUGCUGGGUCAGACAGACAACAGUCCAGAAACCAUCCACAGAGUCAUCAACAACCUGAAGGAGAUGAACAGUGAGGAUGAUGAUGAGUUUAUCUCUCCUGACAGAAGCAUCAACAUCUUCCACUGUCUGAUGGAGAUGAACGACCGCUCAGUUCAUCAGGAGAUCCAAGAGUUCCUGAAGUCAGAGAACAGAUCAGAGAAGAAACUCUCUGAGAUCCACUGCUCAGCUCUGGCCUACAUGCUGCAGAUGUCAGAGGAGGUUCUGGAUGAGUUGGACCUGAAGAAGUACAAAACAUCAGAGGAGGGACGACAGAGACUGAUCCCAGCUGUGAGGAACUGCAGAAAGGCUCGACUAAAGGGCUGUGGACUCUCAGAGACUCACUGUGAAGUUGUGGCCUCAGCUCUGAAGUCCAACUCCUCCCAUCUGACACAUCUGGACCUGAAUAACAACAUCCUGUCUGAUUCAUCAGUGAAGCUUCUGUCUGCUGGACUGGAGAGUCCAGACUGUAGACUGAAAACUCUGAUACUUACUGACUGUGGACUCUCAGAGACUGACUGUGAAGUUGUGACCUCAGCUGUGAAGUCCAACCCUCAUCUGACAGAGCUGCACCUGAGACUCAACAACCUGUCUGAUUCAUCAGAGAAGCUUCUGUCUGCUGUACAGGAGAGUCCACACUGUAGACUGAAGACUCUGAUACUUAUUGGCUGUGGACUCUCAGAGACUCACUGUGAAGUUUUGGCCUCAGCUCUGAAGUCCAACCCUCAUCUGACACAUCUGGACCUGAGCUACAACAUCCUGUCUGAUUCAUCAGUGAAGCUUCUGUCUGCUGGACUGGAGAGUCCAAACUGUAGACUGAAGACUCUGGAACUUUCUGACUGUGGACUCUCAGAGACUCACUGUGAAGUUUUGGCCUCAGCUCUGAAGUCCAACCCUCAUCUGACAGAUCUGGACCUGAGUAACAACAAACUGUCUGAUUCAUCAGUGAAGCUUCUGUCUGCUGGACUGGAGAGUCCAAACUGUAGACUGAAGACUCUGACAUUGUUCCGCUGCAGUUUGACAAAGAUCAGCUGUUAUUAUCUGGCCUCAGCUCUGAAGUCCAACUCCUCCCAUCUGAGAGAGCUGUAUCUGAGUGGAAACAACCUGCAGGAAUCAGACAUGAAGCAGCUGAUUGAUCUUCAGCAGAGUCCAGACUGCAGACUGGAGACUCUGAUAUGGAAGGAGAGGUGGUGAUCUCUGUCAGAGUGAGAGUGAACAUCCAGGAGUGUUGAGAGAGGAUCAGCUGGAUCCUGAUGAUCCAUCUGGAGUCUGGAUCUGGAUUUUGUCGUCUUCACUUAAGUCUCUUAACUGACUACAAACUGAACAGUUAUCUCUGGAUUUAGCUGAAG